AUGGGACUUUUUGGCGGCAAGCGAGCAUUGGAAGUUGUCAAGGAAUACAGCAAGGAUGGAAGACCAAUCAAGGGAAAAGUUGCAGUGGUGACUGGUGCCAACAACGGUGCAGGAUUCGAGACUGCUCAUGCUUUGGCGGUAGCUGGAGCGAGAGUUAUCCUUGCUGGGCGAAGGUUGGAUGCAAUCAAGGAAGCAAUUCGGAGCAUACAGGACAAGUUAGGGAAUGCUGAGAACGCAGGGUCCGUGGAGAUGAUACCCGAUGUACCUCUGGAUCUGGAGGACUUGCAAAACGUUCGCAACUAUGCCAAAGAAUUUCAAAAGCUUGGUUGUCCUCUUCACCUUCUGGUUCUCAAUGCCGGGGUCAUGGCACAACCAUUUCGCUUGUCGCCUCAGGGACACGAAAGCACGUGGGCAAUCAACCACCUAGGGCACUUUCUUCUCUGUCAACUGCUCAUGGACAAGCUUCGUGCUUCGCAACCUGCCCGCGUUAUCUGCGUCAGUUCCGAGCUACAUCGCAGUGCUCCUAAUCCAGACCAAGAAUUCUCUAAUUGGACCCAUCCAGAAAAAUACAGUUGGAUGGAAGCAUAUGGCGCAUCGAAGCUGAGCAAUAUUUUGAUGGCAAAAGAGCUUGCCAGACGAUUUCAUGAUCAGAAGCUUGACAUCAUUGCUGUCUCUCUUCACCCCGGCGUUGGUCCAACUGGCCUGGCAAAGGAAGGUUUGUCAGGUGUGUUGAUCGGUCUUUAUCGAGCGAUAGGAGGGAUGAUUCUCUUCUCCCAUGAGCAAUUAGCUGCAACUUCUACAUUCUGUUGUGUUGCCCCUCCUUCUAGCUUGGUUCCAGGAGAAUAUUAUGCUAGGUGCGCAGUCAUGAAGACAUCUCAUCCUUUAGCUGAGGAUGCAGAGAAGGCUGAGCAGCUCUGGAAGAAAAGUGAAGAGCUCACAAAGGAAUUCUCUGCACCUCUGAACUGA